UUUUGUUUUGCUUUGUUUGUCAGCUGUUGAUUGCACGUAAACAGACACGCACACACACUCGCACAAACCGUUGUCGCCUGUCGCCACUUGUGCGAACGACAAUUUUUGGCGGGGCGGGGUAUUAAUCGCAAAUGUUGUUGCCAUUGACCAAUUUAUGCCGUCCUUCGAAGCAACAGCAACCAGACGCGUCGCAGCGCUGUGUAGUGUAGUGCACGAGUUCCGCAGCAGCAAUGGUCGAGUACACGGAACGAUUCUUUCGCGGGCUGGACCUGUGGUCACUGGCAGUCGACGAAGCAUUCCUUAACGUGACACGUUCCACCAGCCCGACCGCCAACGAUUACUAUCUCUACACACUGUCGGCUGAGUGUGAUAAGUGUCCGUACACCAAAGUGCAGCGGAUUUCGGCGGAGAAGAAGCAUACGGUGCUAAAAAUCGAUGCAGCACGGUCGCUCGGAUUGCGGGUGCUAGAUCGUGAUGUGGGGAAAUAUUCUUACGAUAACGACACCGUCGUCCUGUGCCAAUUUAGCGACGCACAAUUGGGUGAAUUUGGCGUUUACGAUCUAAGCAUCGGUCCGGACGCCGGUACCUGUAAGCUGGAGACGGCCAAAGAACCGGUCAACAUUUAUCUACCCUUCCUCACGAUAGCGAUUAUCGCGUUGGUUGCGUAUGGUGUCGCUCGUUUAGUGCGGUAUGGCCUGCACCGUGCGCGUAUGGGAGGGUUUCAACAGCCUCCGGCAAGCUCAGAGCAACCAGCCGGUGAUGCACCACCGGCGGAUGAGAACGAUAAGCAAGGGGCGGCAACAUCCGCACAGGUUACCGCUAGGAAACGUCUGCAAAGUCUCGACACGUUCCGUGGGAUUGCGAUCAUGCUGAUGAUCUUCGUGAACAGUGGCGGUGGACACUACUGGUGGAUCGAGCACGCCACGUGGAAUGGGUUGCAUGUGGCCGAUUUGGUUUUCCCCUGGUUCCUUUUCAUCAUGGGCGUAUGUGUGCCGAUUUCGCUGCGAGGACAGCUCAAUCGGAACGUUCCCCGGCGAAUGAUCCUCUCCAAUAUUGCUGUUCGCUCGGUAAAACUGUUCGUGAUAGGGCUUUGCCUAAACUCGAUGAACGGCCCUACCAUGGCAAAUCUGCGCAUCUUCGGCGUACUGCAACGGUUCGGCAUUGCCUACUUUGUCGUAUCGACCGUCCAUCUUUUCUGCCACGAGCAGACACUGCAAUCGCAAAAUCGUCUCCUACGUGCAAACGAGGACAUUUUGCGGCUGAAAAAGCAAUGGUUCAUCAUCGGACUGAUCACGUUCGCUUAUCUGGUGGUGAUCGUAGCCGUACCGGCGCCCGGCUGUCCAAGAGCCUAUUUCGGACCGGGUGGGACACAUCUGCUGAACGCAUUCCCAAACUGUACCGGUGGCAUUACGGGCUAUAUCGAUCGGUUCACCCUAGGGAUGACUCACCUUUACCAACAUCCAACCGCACGCUACGUUUACGAAGCGAUGCCAUUCGAUCCGGAAGGUCCGUUCGGCUGUUUGCCCACCAUUCUGCAGGUGUUCUUGGGUGUCCAGUGCGGUUGUACGAUUCUUGCGUUCGCCGAACAUCGGCAGCGUAUUACGCGCUUUGCCGUGUGGUCGGUUGUGCUUGGGCUCGGUGCGGGAAUGCUGUGUGGAUUCUCCAAAAAUGAUGGUUGGAUUCCGGUGAACAAGAAUCUGUGGUCACUAUCGUACGUACUGGCGACGGCAUCGCUAGCGUACCUGCUGCUACUGAUCUGCUACUAUGUGAUCGAUGUGAAGCGCGCCUGGAACGGACGUCCGUUCGUUUACGCCGGUAUGAACGCGAUCGUCCUGUACGUUGGGCAUACCGUGUUCCACAAGAUGCUCCCGUGGCACUGGCGUAUCGGUACGAUGAACACACACUUGAUGCUCACGCUCGAGGCCCUCUGGAAUACGGUGCUGUGGAAUGUGGUUGCCCUCUAUCUGUACAAGCGAAAGCUAUUUUACAAUCUAUAAAUCGGAACAGCGGUCUUCACACGGCAGGACCGGAGGUUCAAAUCCCAUCCGGACCGUUCCCCCGCGUAGUGAGGACUGAUCAUCCAACUACGUGGCCAGAAAUGGCAGGCAAGGCCUCGCGAUAAUUCCACUUUUUACAUUGUCUAACACUCAUUUUUACAACAAAUAAAACUCAUACUCAAAUAGCUCGUUUGUUUCGCUAUACAAAA